AAUCAUACCUAGCUAGCGGCAGACGAAGCCUUGAGUUUCCCAGCCGCCGCUCAUUUGGGCUGCUUCCAUCCAUUGAUCAUUCCUCGCGGCUCUCUCAACGUAUUACUCUUUUCCCUCCCAUUUUCCUUCCUCUCUUCUUCCAUUGAUUUAUUAAAUUCUAGAUCCGGGAGAAAUGGCUCUUCGGUUUGAGAUUCUGGGGAGGUUCAAUCGCGCACGUGCAGCGAAUCUAAUGCUCCCUCACUACACGUGUCAGACACCUCUUUUCAUGCCCGUGGGAACUCAAGGUAGUAUAAAAGGCUUGGCGACUAACCAACUAGAGGAGAUUGGUUGCCAAAUAAUACUUGGAAAUACAUAUCAUUUGGCACUUCGCCCAACUUCUGAGCUCAUUGAUGAAAUGGGGGGUCUUCACAAAUUUAUGAACUGGCCAAGAGCAAUGCUCACAGAUUCUGGUGGCUUUCAAAUGGUAUCAUUAUUGCAUUUAGCUGACAUUACUGAAAAGGGUGUAACAUUCCAGUCCCCAGUUGAUGGAAAGCCAAUGCUCCUAACGCCCGAGGAAUCGAUUCAAAUCCAGAACAGAAUUGGAGCAGAUAUUAUAAUGGCUCUUGAUGAUGUGGUUAAAACCACCAUUACUGGUCCAAGAAUUGAGGAGGCCAUGUAUCGCACUCUUCGGUGGAUAGACAGGUGUAUAGCAGCUCACAAGAGACCAAAUGAGCAGAACCUAUUUGGUAUUGUGCAAGGAGGCUUGGAUCCUGUGCUCAGGGAUAUAUGUGUCAGAGGCUUAGUGGAUCGGAAUUUACCAGGCUAUGCCAUUGGCGGUCUCGCAGGAGGCGAAGAUAAAGAUUCAUUCUGGCGUGUUGUAGCUCAGUGUACUGCUGCAUUGCCUGAGAAUAAACCACGAUAUGUUAUGGGUGUUGGUUAUCCACUUGAUAUUGUAGUUUGCAGUGCCUUGGGUGCCGAUAUGUAUGAUUGUGUUUAUCCAACCCGUACUGCUCGCUUUGGCACAGCUCUUAUACCAGAGGGAGUACUAAAACUCAAGAACAAAGUGAUGGCUGAAGAUACUAGGCCCAUAGAUCCUACAUGUGAUUGCAUGGUCUGCAAAAACUAUACUAGAGCCUAUAUCCAUUGCCUUGUUACGGUCGACGCAAUGGGAUCUCAGCUUGUGUCAUAUCACAAUCUGUAUUAUAUGAUGAAGCUUAGCAGAGAUCUACACUCCUCAAUAAUUGAAGGAAAAUUUCCAGAGUUUGUUUGCGAUUUUCUCCAGAAAAUGUUCCCCAAAGGCGAUGUUCCCCAAUGGGUCUGCAAUGCCAUGGAGGUGGCAGGAAUUGAUAUUUCAUCAUGUUGUGCGCCCUUUGUUUCGUCCUAAUGCAAUAAUAGAAGAAAAAAAGUUACAGUGUCACACCAAAAACAGGAAUUGAUCAAAAUAGGCAUACACGAAGUUUACAGGGAGGUUUCUAAUUUUGAAGAAAUGUAGAUCAAAGUUGAUACAAAGGCAGCAUAAAUUUUGUAGUCCUUAUGCUGCUUGAUUAAGAAAUAGAUUUUGUCCUCCGAUUUUGUUUUUCAAUUAUUUGAUGCAAAAACAUUUGCCAAAUUCAGAUUUUGUAGUGCACUUUUAGUGAUAGAAGAUUACCUCCCCAUUUUGUCCCUCAAUAUGUGGAAUUGUAAUUGUUUUCCUUACUUUGGCAACU